CUCAGCGAAGGCACUUGAUCCUGGAGGUGGGAUGGAGAAAGCAAGAACACAUCACCCGUGUGGUGUUAGGAAGCUAAACCCAUGGGUAGAGGGACAGGAGGUGCUUUGAAAUAUCACCCAGCAAUGCCCUGGGCUUCCCAGGGAGCAGAGCAGCCUCCAGCUGUGCUGAGGGAGUGAAUCAUAGAAUCGUUUGGUUGGAAAAGACCUUUGACAUCAUCAAAUCCAAGCGUACCUGUCCGCUACUGAACCAGAUCCCACAGCACCUUGUUGGCCAAGCUUUUAGAUACCUUCAGGGAUGGAGGAAACCCUGUGCCUCAGUGUGUGCAGCAGGAAAACAGGUAUUUGUCAAGCAGAUGGGGUUGAUCUCCACUUUGGCUCAGCUAGACAGUCCUGACCAGCAGGACUUGGAGGAAAGCUGCGUGGCCAUCAAAGCAGGACAGAUGGGUAAUGAGGUCGUGGUGACCAUGCCCUCACUCCCAGGAGGGCUGUGGGUGCUGUGGAGGGCUGGGGGGGUGCUCUGCCUGGUGCCCAGCGCCAGCAGAAACUGCCCAUUAUGUCUACCAGCUCCCCAAAAGAGAUUUUAACCCAGAAAGCAGAGAGCCCCUUGGGAUACCCACAAGCUUGAGGGCACCUGGAGCAGAACAUCCCCUACAUCCCUGGCUGCUGGUGGGAUGGGUGCUGCUCUGUGUCCUCCCUGCCUGCCUGCAGGGGACACAGCCCCCGGGACCCCCAUUCCUGGCACAGCCACCGCACAGGCAUGGCAAAAAAGAUCGAAAAAGGGCUUGUUUGAUUUCCAGCUGCAGAACUCUUCCCUGGAGCCAUCGACAAACAGAGGUAAUUUACUUUACAGCUGUUUAGAUUUGUUUCUCUACAUAUUUUUUUUUUUCUUCAAAACCCAGCGGAAUUGCCAAUGAAACGUGUGUUGGCUCCUUAGAUGACUCCAGACCUACCUGAGCUCUCGCACCUCGUGCAGCAGCUCCUGCUCCUUGGACCCCCACCCUUGCUCUGUGCUCCCUGCUGCACCCCAGAGCUGUGAGCUGGGGGGUCAGGGCUCAAAGACGGGGUUCUCUGCGUUGGAGACUCAUCUCAGGAGGGUCCCAGGCUCUGGUGACAGGGAGGGGGUGAUGGGGAAGAGGCUUGUGCCAGCUCGCAGGUGAAGGGAGCCCAGGAAAAGUGGUUAAUGAAUUCCCAGUGAAAUAAUCAACACAUCGGAAGGUGGGGAGGGAUAAAGGCUCUUCUGGAGUUGUUGCUAGGGUGUGAAGUUUGAUUAAAAAAGGAUGAUAAAGGGAGUUGGUUGGUUGAACAGGUCCCGCUGCCUCAGGUGGGUGCUCCUGGGGCUUUGCCCAUGCCACCCUUGCAGGUCUGAGCAAGCCAAGGUGGACACUCAUGGGAUGGAAGGCCUCCAGGCCAUGCUGGGCACCCCAGCAUUCCUGCAGGAGCUCUUCCCUGUGCUUGGGCGGCUGAUGCAGCCCCGCACGGCAGCAGGAUUGAGCCCCAGCAUGUUGCAGGACAGCCCUUCGCCCCAGGACAUCUGGGCAGCCUAUGGGACACGUGGGGAUCUGCCUCGAACCCCGUCCCUUCCCUCUGGGAAUCUCCUCCUCGCUCCCAGUGACUCACGGGGUGCCGGCGCCUCUCGCACUGGGAGAUGUGCUCCUGCCCGGGCAAGCACCGACUGGCAGCGGCAGCGGCCUCGGCAGAGGGACGCUCUGCAGAACCAGCAAGCUUUGCCGGGUCCCCACGACCCCACGGAGGGGGACGGUGCUCUGCAGGGACGCGUUGCCCAGGCUAGCUAACGUGAUCGGGGGACCAUGAACUGGGGGGUGUUCGAAGGGCUCCUCAGUGGGGUCAACAAGUAUUCCACAGCCUUUGGCCGAAUCUGGCUUUCUCUCGUCUUCAUUUUCCGCCUGCUGGUCUACGUGGUGGCAGCCGAGCGAGUCUGGAGCGAUGACCACAAGGACUUUGACUGCAACACGCGGCAGCCGGGCUGCACCAACGUCUGCUUCGACCACUUCUUCCCCGUCUCCCACAUCCGUCUCUGGGCCCUGCAGCUCAUCUUGGUGACCUGUCCAUCCCUCCUGGUCAUCAUGCACGUGGCCUACCGGGAGGCCAAGGAGCAGAGGCACCGCAUCACCCACGGGGAUGACUGCCACUGUGUCUACCCCAACCCCGGCAAGAAGCGAGGGGGGCUCUGGUGGACCUACCUGCUCAGCCUUGUCUUCAAAGCUGGUGUGGACGUGGUCUUCCUCUACAUCUUCUACCGCUUCUACAGGAACUACACCCUGCCCCGAGUGGUGAAAUGUGAGCUGACCCCUUGCCCCAAUGUGGUGGAUUGCUUCAUCUCCCGCCCCACCGAGAAGAACAUCUUCACCCUCUUCAUGGUGGUCACCACCUGCAUCUGCAUCAUGCUGAGCCUCGUCGAGGCUGCCUACCUGAUCGGCAAGCGGUGCCGCGAGUGCCUCCGGACCAGGGGUGGGGAGAAGGGCUGGCACAGACGGAACGGCACGCACUCCUGUGCCGAGCCCUUGGGUGCAGGAGGGCAGGUUUUCCAUGGGACGGACUACAAACCCCCCACAGCCUCCAUCCCCCCGCCGGCCUCCAACCCCGGCACGCUGACUGAGGAGGAGGAGGCUCUUUCCUAGAGCUGCCGGAGGGAAGACAGGAGCCACUCGCCUGUCCUGCACCCUCCUCCGUCCCCCUAGUGCAGGAGCACUGGGGAUGGCAGCACCCCGGAGCCGGGCUGUGCCCGAGGGCUCUCUGCCUCUCCCACCCUGGGGAAGGCACCUUACGUUGCUCUGCUGAGUUUGGGGUAAAGCCAGUGUUGUGGGACACGUGUGGUCCUUGAGAGCUGAUGGGGACAAGCGGCUCUGCAGCGGCUGUGAACCAGGAGCAGUGCCUGGAGGACGAGCCCGUCCCAGCCAGGCUGGCUUAGCUGGCACCGGGUGUAUCCUUGCAAUGAAUAAAAGUUUCUGUCCUUAAGAAUCAUAGGAUGGUUUGAGUUGGAAGGGACCUUAAAGAUCACCUG